AUGCACGUCCUUCUACUCGGCGGUCACGGCAAAGUCGCCCUCCACCUUACUCCGCUCCUCCUCAACCGGGGCUGGAGCGUAACCAGCGUCGUUCGCAACCCCGCUCACGAAAGCGAGAUUCUAGCUCUAGGCCAAGGUCACAAGGGCACCGUCAAAGUGCUACUCUCUAAUCUAGAGGACGUGAAGAGUCCCUCAGAUGCCCAAGUAAUCAUCGACACGGUUGGGCCGGACUAUGUCGUCUGGUCGGCUGGCGCGGGCGGCGUAGGCGGCCCAGAACGCACAAUCGCUAUCGACCAAGAAGCCGCGAAGCACUUCAUGACUGCCUCCUUUGCCGCACCGGGCAUCAGCAAGUUCCUCAUGGUGUCGUAUCUCGGCAGCCGACGCAAUCAGCCGAGCUGGAUGCCGGACGACCAAUGGGCGGGGAUAGUGCGGACCAACUUUGAAAUUAUCCCGGCCUACGCGAAAGCCAAGAAAGAAGCCGACGAGUACAUGACAGCACUGGCUGUGCAGCGGAAGCGUGCUCCUGGACCAACGCGGCCUUUCCAGGCUAUUAACCUGCGGCCUGGACUCCUGCUCGACCAGCCUGCGACGCGGAAGGUCGAUCUGGGGAUCACGCCUUGGGGUCGGGGGGCAGUUACUCGAGAGGAUGUGGCGAUUGUCGCAGAUCUUUUGCUUUCCAGGGCUGAUACGGAAGGGUGGAUUGAUCUUGUUAAUGGGGAGGAAGACGUUGAGGAGGCUGUUGAGAGGGUUGCGAGGGAGAAGAUUGAUGCUGUUGCUGGGGAGGAUGUUGAGGGGAUGGUUAAGAGGUUCUUCCCUUGA